ACAAUACUGGAAACAUUUUUUUUAAAACUUGUAAUGUAUGUACUAUACAAAUCUAUCAAUUUCAACCAAACCAACAUAUGACAUAACAUCCACUCCUAACUCAGCAAUGUCAUUGAGCAGGUUGAGGUAUGUAAGCACUGUGUUCUAAUGUGUGAAAUGAAAGCAGCAAGAAUCAAGGAAAUGAAUAUUUGCGUACUCUACACAUGACACAUAAGCAAUAAUUGUGAGUCUUCCAGGGGUUGAGAAACAUGGCCUUUCAGUGAGAAUGACAGCAACGGCAUUCCAUUGAAUGUGUCACAAAGGUGUCAGCUGAGGUGCACGCAGCAGAGGGGUGUUCUGUACUGUAUGAGGGAGAUCGAGCAGAAAGAAAUGCAUUUCAACAGCACAACUCCCCACAUUUCACCCCCAAACCACAAACCUGGAUUUCCUGGUUACUAUGCACUGAUUCCCUUUGUACUACUCAUACUGAUUGGAUGUGUGGUGGCAAUGGUUGUUUAUAUCAGGAGGAGGUCAAGCCUAGAUGAGCUGCGCCAUAGGAUGAUUCCUCUGUACAGCUACGACGCCACAGAGGAACAAGAAGAGUGGGAGGACGCUGGGAGGGAAGAGGAGGAGCUGACCGAACCUUUGUAUAAGGAGGGAAAGCUCUCCUUUUCAUCUGUCUAUGGAACAUGAACAGAAAAUCAAGAAAGAAAAAAUAAUGUGGCCAAUUACAGGACGAUUUCUCCAUUUCUAUUUUGUGUUGCAGAUGCUUUACAAAUAUAGACUGGACUCUUAUUAAUAAAAA